CUCCCUAACAAACUCUUUCCUUCUUCUUCCAUCUCGUUUGCGCCUCUACACUCUUCUUGCAUCUUUGCCGUCCUAUUAUACACCACCACCAACCUCAACCAUGGCUUUCGGCAGUGCUGCGCUGAAGUUCUUUCAAACUUUCCUCUAUGCCCUAGAGUUCUGCUGCUCAGGUAUCAUCCUCGGUAUCUACAGUUACUUUCUCUCUGUCCUUGCCGACCGUAAUGCACCCAUUUACACUUGGGUUAAGGCUGUCGAGGGUAUCUCUGGUGCUGCCGUCCUCUACACCAUCUGCGCAGUCCUCUUCACAUGCUGCCUUGGCGGCAAGACUUUCUUCGCAUUCCUUGCUAUCAUCUUUGACCUCCUUUUCACCGGAGGUUUGAUUGCCAUUGCCGUUCUCACUCGCGACGGUGCCGGUAGCUGCCGGGGAAAUGUUGACACUCCUCUUGGAAAUGGUCCAGCCGACUCCAAGCAGGGCUUUGGCAGCAAUGGCCAGGGAAGGCAAAUCACUUACUCUGUCUCUCUCCACACUGCAUGCCGUCUGAACACCGCUGUCUUUGCCGUUGCCAUCAUUGGAGCUUUCCUCUUCGCCAUCUCCGCCAUUGUCCAGCUCUUCCUUGGCCGUAACCACCGCAAGGAGAAGCGUUUUGGCCCUAGCCCUGCCAACAACUACACUCGUGGCAGCGGUAUCAAGUUCUGGCAGCGCAACCGUAAGGCCCGCGGAGGCCUUCGUGAUCCUGAGAUGACCGCUGGUGCUGGCCCAGCUCCCGGUACUCUUGCUCCUGGUGCUGGCCGUGACUACCGCCCCUCUCACGAUACUGCCUACACCGGUUCUACUGUUGCACCUAACUCAGCAUAUGAGAACCCUCACAAGCCACUGGUGGGCGGUUACCACACCGCCCCAACUGGCACCUACAACAAUGCCACUCCGGCCACCAACUACUAGAGGCUUAAUAAACAAGUCAAUGAAGAAUCAUGCAUCGGCAUUGAUUGAAUUAGUACGGGGAUGAAGAAGUUCUUUUCACCUCUCAUAAUUGUGUACUACCACCCAACAUGAUACCAAGAUCGAUUACGACAUUUUCUUUACCCAGGACUUCCAACGGAAGUGGAGAGUCUGAUGCUUUUAGCAAUGUACAAUAACCCAUUACAUACCUAAUAAUACAUAAUGAACAUGAACAUAUACG